CAGGAAGCCACAAUAAAGCUUAACAGUCCUUUUCCAGAUAGAGGGAAAUAAAAAGUCACCAUAUUUGUACAAUGAAUAAGAGGAAGUCCAAUGUACAGAAUGCUGCGAAACCCAGUAAAACCCGUAAGACAGAGGGCACAACACACGUGGAGGAUGAUGACGCUGACGACGAGGGGAGACUUCGUCAGGAUCAUUCGUCUUCUCCCUCCAACGCUGGGGAUAUUGGUGUAAUUGAAAGUAUCACUUUGAAGAAUUUCAUGAGUCAUCUUUUGCUGGGCCCUUUUCAGUUUGGACCAAAUGUGAACUUCAUUGUUGGAAACAAUGGAAGUGGGAAGAGUGCUAUCCUCACAGCUCUCAUUGUGGGUCUUGGUGGAAAAGCAACUACAACCAACCGAGGAGCAUCUUUGAAGAGUUUUGUAAAAUAUGGGGAGAGCUCUGCAGAAGUCACAGUAAAAUUGAAAAACAGAGGUAGUGAUGCAUAUAAAGGGGACAUAUACAGAGACUCCAUAUGCAUUGAGCAGAGAAUCACAAGUGAUGGCUGCAGGACAUGCAAAAUAAAAAGCAAAACUGGGCAAAUUAUAUCCACUAAGAAAGAGGAAUUAACUGCAAUAUUGGAUCAUUUUAAUAUACAGGUUGACAAUCCGGUCUCAAUCCUAAAUCAGGAAAUGAGUAAGCAGUUCCUGCAUUCAAAAAGUGAAGCUGAUAAAUACAAGUUUUUCAUGAAGGCUACUCUGCUUGAGCAGAUGAAGAGAGACUACAUUCACAUCAAGCAGACCAAAGCUGGCACCCGAGACCAAGUGGAGAAACAGGAGGAGUGUCUCAAAGAUCUCAGGCAGUUGUUUUUACAAAAGAAAGAAAAGUAUGAAAGUUUAUCUUUACUUGACAAUAUGAGGCAGAAUCUGGAAGAUUUGAAGAAAAUGAUGGUGUGGUGCCUGGUGAGAGAAAAAGAGUGGCAAGUUCAACAGUUGAAAGAACAAAUUGAAAAAGAACAGAGUGAUACCAGCCAUGAAGAUGAGCUUCUGCUCUAUCAGACCAAAGUUACUCUUGCUGAAAAGAGAUUGCAGGAUAUCCAGGAGAAAAUCGGAAAGGUGAAGGAAGAGGAGGAAUGUUUAGCAGAAGAGAGUCGCAAGAUGAAAGAAGAGAACAAGCUGAAGAGCAAAGCUCAGAAGAUCCAGGAAGUAGUGUAUUUCCGUGCAGAGAAUAAACUGAAACAAUUAGAAAAGGAACAGUGUCUUCUCCAAGAGAGAAUUCACAAGAUAAGUAACAGUAAUGGCAGAAGGAAUCACGAGGUGGAGCAUACACAGCAGCUUAAGAAAACAACUGCUCUGAAGAAACAGCUGGAAAAAUUUGAGAGUGAGUCUACAGCUCUCAAUCAGGAAAUAAAGGAGAAACAGCAGGCCCUCUUCAAAGGAAGGGAAGAAUACGACAAGCUAAGCAUGGAAGAAAAGAAUAUCCAGGUCUCUCUGGAGUCUAAACUUAAGAGAAAGAACCAGCUUCAAGCCAGUACCUCCAACAGACUGAGGCGUUUUGGGGAUCAUAUGCCGGAACUGUUGGAGUCUGUUGACAGAGCACAUGCCCAGGGGCGCUUCAUUAAGAAACCAGUGGGACCAAUAGGUGCAUGCAUCAACCUUAAGGAUCCAAGUUUAGCUGUGGCUGUGGAAAGUUGCUUGCGGAGUUUCAUGAAAACCUUUUGCUGUGACAAUUACAAGGAUGAAAAAGUCCUGCAGGAGCUUAUGUCCCAGCACUUUCCCAAAGGCAGCCGUCCCCAGAUCAUUGUGUGUCCAUUCACAGACCGUGUUUACAAUGUACAAAGCCGAGGUGUGCACCACCCAGACUUUCCAUCAGUUUUGGACACCCUCAUCAUUGAGAACCCUGUAAUAACUAACUGUCUUAUAGAUAUGAGGAACAUUGAAUGCAUUCUUAUCAUCAGAGAGAGCGCUGUUGCAAGGAGAAUCAUGCAAGGACAAAGGCCCCCCAGAAACUGCCGUGAGGCCUUCACAGCAGAGGGCGAUCAGAUAUAUACCAACCGCAAUUACACUCCCGAAAAAGAGGUCAUGGUGAAAUACCUUGGUGGGGAUCCACAGGCAGAAAUUCGGCUUGUUCAGACGGAGGUGGAGAAUCACCAGGCGCAGCUCUGCAGGUUCCAGCGCCACUUAAGCUCUGUAAAGCAGGACAUUCAGAGCAUGGAAGAGAAGUUACGCAGUGUUAUCAUAGCAUGCAAAAGAAAUCAGGAGAGUAUGACUCGGGUAAAAGCAUCUAUAACAGAACUGGAGAACAUCGAGGAGUCACAGGAGGAAGACGUCAGUUCCCUGGAAGAAGACGCUCAAGAAAAUGAACAGAAAAUCGAGUUGGAGAGAAAAAAUGUAAAGGAGGCACAGAGUGAACUGGAAAGGCACAAUAAUGCUCUCACAGAAAUUGAGCGGAAACACCAGUAUGUGAGAAACAAAAUUGAUCAACUUUUAGAUGAAACGGAGCAGUUAAAGGAGGAGCAGGUGAAAGCUGAAGCUGAGAGCAGUAAAUUCAGUCGAAGCCUUAGGAUUCUGGAAAAUAAGCUCAAGGCACAUCAGGACAAUAUUGAGGCCAUGAAAGCUGAACAUGACCAGAAAGAAGAGGAGAAACAGGACAUUGAAGCGAAAGCCAGAGAAAUCUGCCCUGUCCCACAGAGACCAGAACGGAGCGCCAAGAGCCUGGACGCAGAGAUAACACAUCUGCGACAGAAGAUCCGCUCACAGGAGAGCAGCCAUGGCAACCAGGAGCAAGUGAUCAGGGAGUAUGCAGAGGCUCAUAGUAAUUACAAAAGCAAGUCCAGCCAGCUGAGAGAUCUGAAGAAGUUUAUUGAUCGUCUGGACAACAUCAUGACUGACAGGCAGGCUCGUUAUAAAACACUGCGAAGAUCCCUGUCUGUGAGAUGCAAGUGGUACUUCAUCAACUUUCUUUUCAAGCUGCACUGCUGUGGGUCAAUGAUGUUUGAUCACAACAAUGAAACACUCUCAAUAUCAGUGAAACCACCAGGUCAAGAGAAUGACAACAUCAGUGACAUGCGAUCUCUGUCUGGUGGAGAACGCUCCUUUUCCACAGUGUGCUUCAUCCUGUCCCUGUGGGAGAUCACAGAGUCACCUUUUAGGUGCCUGGAUGAGUUUGAUGUCUAUAUGGACAUGCACAAUCGUAGGAUCUCCUUAGACCUACUUCUCGAGCUCUCUGAGCGCCAGUAUUUGCGUCAGUUCAUCUUCAUCACACCUCAGACCACCAGCAGUCUUCCCAAAAGUCCUCAUAUUAAAGUACACCAGCUUCAAGAUCCAGAGAGAGAGACAGAGGAGGAAGUUUUGCUAUAGGACCCUGUCAAAAGGAGUUUGUUUUUGGUUUUUGUAUAUAUUACAUUUGUUUGUAUUACUAGUUGUGGAGCUGCUCCAUAGAACCAUUUCUUAAAACUCAGCAACUAUUAUUAAACCAAAGUUUAUGAAA